UUAUUCUAUCUCUCUGGACGAAACAAUAUGGCAGCACCAUAGCGCGGCGUUAUUCGAACCAGGGCCACUUCCACCUCUAACUAAAUCUUCAGCAAAUAGUUGGGAAAAAUUUUAUCGAAUUCAGCUAAACUGGGCUCGAGGGAUUGCAACCAAAGUAUCGAGCUUUAAAGCAUACAACAAUAAUGUUACAGCUUUAAAACUACGUGGGAAUAUACUAGUUACGGGUUCAAGUGAAAAUUAUCUCAAAGUUUGGAACAUCAAAACUGGUGAAUGCGAUCUCAAUAUCGAUUUUGGUGCAGAUAUUUCAUGUGUUGAUUUUCUAGAAGAUAUGAAUGUUAUUGCUUGCGGCUCAUACUAUGGUGAUUUUGGGUGUAAAAUUUUUUCGCUUUCGAAAGGUGAAUGCCUUGGCCGAUUUAUUGAGGAACACUGGAUAGGAACUCAAUGUAUGGCCAUGAACAAAGAAUACAUAGUAUUAGGCACUUGUAAAGGGGUAAUACAUAUUCUAUUAUGGGCUGAUGGUAGAAAAAUCGCCUUAUUUCAUCGUCAUAAUAAUCCGGUCGCAGGUGUCCGCUUUCUUGGCCGCAAUACAAUUCUUUCUGUUUCGACAAAUGGUACAAUCGAUGUGUUCAAUAUUGCGACGAAUGAACAUAUUCACCAAUACACUCUUUCAACAUCAAUUAGUACUUGCGCAUUUGAUCAUCAAGGUGAAGGUCGUGAUCUCUUGUGUAUCGCACCUUCUGGUUCUAUAUUUCACUUAAGAUGGAAAGCGAUAUACCACAAUUUGGAAUCAUCAACAUGCCCAGAAAUUGAGAUGGAUGAAAAAUAUCAUUACAUUUUUUCUCAAGAUCCCGAAGUUCAUUACAAAAAUGAAAAAAUUUCGUGUCGUAUGCUUUGUGCAGGAAUAGACGCUAAAUAUAAUCAUGGUGUUAUUGGAUCACUUGUUUCCUAUCCACCUAAGAGCCAUCUUCUCGUUUACAACUUUCUUACUGGAUUGAAUAGUAAGGAUAGAAUAUGCGGGCCAAACUCUUUAAAAUCUGAGAAUAGUGUUCUUGAUUCUAUGCCUGAUAUCAUUAACCCUGUAUUUAGCAUACUUGUAAUUGACGAAGAAAGAGUUGUAGCUGGUUGUUCAAGAGGUGGUAUUUAUUGCUUUGAAUUUGGUAUUAAUGAUUCGGAUUGUAAGCAGUUACAGGAUGCAUAA